AUGUUCUUCUCAACCGCCGAGCUCACGGCUUUCUCGGGCUCGAUCCUUGACAGGGUCGAGUUCCUUCUUUCGAUCCUCCUCGUCGGUGCCUUGUGCCUGACAUCCCUUUUCCUGUCCUGGGCAUGUCAAAACCCGGGUCAGGCGAAGAAGCUUGUCCUGCCGGUCCUCCCGGCCAUGCCCGCAUGGGCUCCCACGCGGCAGAGCGUCAUAAUCUCUGCUCAACUGGUUGCCCUGGUCCUCUCGAUGCCCUUGUUCGUGGGACUUGCCCUCGUCGUGUGGACGUUCGUCGGCGUCCGUCAGUUCUGUCGCUCCGGCGGCAGCCUGGCGGCGUCAGUCUACGCGAUGAGGACUGUGGACCUGGCCAAGCGCGCUGGCCUGGACACAAGGUUGGCCGAUCUCAUCGCCAAGAGGAAUGGCCUCGUGGACGCCAUCAACGUCACAUGCCUCCUCAAGCGGCGCGAGCUACUUGAGGACAUCGCUUCGUUCCAGUCCGGAAUUUGGUACGCUCUCCGUGGGGAGACGUGCCUGCAGCAGUUCCUGGACCAGGCGGAGUGGUUGAAGCGCAUCGACGUGCCACGGGUCACCCUCGUCCAGGCCACGCGUCGUCUUGCGAUCCCGCCGGGCCGUUUCGCCGCUUUCCUGUAUCGCUACGACUAUGAGUGCGCGAUUCUCGAGCACAAGAUUGGUCGUAUGCAGGAAAUCACGGACGGUCUGUCUCAACAGCUCCGGGACUACCAAGAGAAGCUCUCCAAGGGCCAUGCUGGUCUCGAGGGUGAGCGUCUCGCCUUGCGAAAGGUCGUAGCCGAGCUGAAGAAGUGGAAUCGCCUGACGAAGGAAGCUGGAAUCCGCCUGAGCGACCCCUCCGGCACGCGGGCCUCGAGGUCUGACCUCAAGGUUCGUUUCCCGGUGUGGGAGCGCAAGCUCACUGCUGUCGAUCUGGGACCUUCUUCGCGGAAGGUGGGUAAGCUGGUCGACGUGGGUGCCUCGGUGCCCAUUGACAUGCCGGUGGCUCCCGUGCUCCCUUCGGGGUGUACCCCGGCGGUGGCCAGCUCAACUGAGCUUGUCUCCACCGUCGACGACACGAUGCAGAUGAGCCUGGAUUCCAGCCCUGCGGUAGGACAAGAGCAACCUCCCACGCAGCAGCAGCAGCAGGUACUCCCGGUGCAGGCGACGCUCCCGGCGACCCCAGCGCUCCCGGCUCCGCCGGUGCAACUGGCCCUCCCGUCGGCGCCCAUGCCACAAGCACAGCCCGUCUUCAGUUCCAUGGUUGCUCAGCUCCGGCUGGCGACCGAGAACAGGAAGAAGCUGGAGGCAGAGCACCGGAGUCGUGUGCAGUUCGAGGCAAGGCUCGAAGCUACUCGACGGUCUUAUCAGCAGGCCCAGCACGAGCGCGACAUGGCGGCCCAGCGGCAACACGAGCUGGCGGUCCAGGCCCGGCUCAAGCUGGACCGGGAAAACCGACAGAAGCGUGAGAUGGACGCCCAGGCGGAGCAGGAGAUCCCUGCUCUGACUGAGCUCCUCUCGAGCAUCCGCAUCGAGGAUCCUGUCGUCGCCGCCUUGCCUCUUGCUGCCUCUCCUGUUGUUGUUGCUGCUGCCCCGUGCUGCGAGAUUGACAUGGUCGUGGACGACGAGGUCGAAGCCGUCCCCACACCCGUUGUCUCGGAGCCAGAGGCUAUGGAGGUUGCGCAGCCCGACGAAGACGCAUCGUCGGCUGCACCGAUUACUAACCUCUCCAGCACCGCCACUGCCCCGGGACCCAGUGUCGAGCAGAUGUCGUUUGACGAGCUCCCGCUGCUCCCAGAAGAAGAUGACGAGGACUACCUCAACCAGGACGUUCCGGUCACUGCUGGCCCGUCGUCGUCGAAGCUCCCGGUCAUCGAGCCGGUCGCGAGCUCGUCGACUGCCAAGCACACCGUCCCUGCCGUUCCCGCUCCGCUUUACGUGGACUACGGCAACGUCCAGUUCGACCUCAGCGUGCCUUGCCAGGGUCAAGCUCCUCCUCCGUCCGCGGUAGGCAGCACCUUCGGCGCUGGUGGCCUUGGGUUCAGCGGUGCCUUCUUGGCGUCUGCUGGCCCCUCGGUCCCUACAGCCAGCGUCGUCGUGCCGUCCGCCAAGGGCAAGGAGGUAGUGAGGGCCCCCGCCGCCGAGAAGGUUGAGCCCAUGUCCCCGCCCGCCCCUGCCCUGGUCAUCGAUGACCAGUUCCUCUGCCCUCGCCUUCUCAAUGAUGAUGACAUCAAAGAGAUGGACGAUAUGCUUGAGGAAGCCAUCCGCGAGAUGGACGAGCAGAAGGCGGGUGGAGAAUCGUCGUCUUCGUCUGCCCAGGUUCCUGUGACGCCUGCCCCCAAGGUGUCUACUCCCGCCGUCAGCUUCGCGGCUACGGUGGACGCACAGGACCAGGCAGUCUGGGAGAGCCUUGCGGACAUCGGCAUGGACCAAGAGGUUGCCGCGUCGGCUCCGGCCGUCGCACCGAGGGCGCCUGUCCAGAUGCCCAAGGCGGUUCCGGGGUCAGUGAAGACCCCCAAGAAGUCCUCCAUCCCCCCUCCCGGCCAGCGGCCAAUCCUGGUCCCGCGCCGACGUAACGCUGUUGCCGCCGCUGCUCCCCCGGCCGCACAGCCCCAAGUCUCCCCGCCAGCUGCUCCCCAAGUCCGGCCAGCUCCCCCGCCGGCACAGCAGCAGAGCCGCGCAGCUCCUCUCCCGGUCGGCCAGCGGCCAAUCCUGGUCCCGCGCCGUCGCAACGCUGUCGCCGCCGUCGCUCCCCCGGCCGCACAGCAGCAGGAGCCUCCUCAGCAGGCCCUUCAGCAGGCACCGCUGGCAACGGCCAGCAACGACGAGCCUCGCGAGAGGCUCGAGGCGCACGAGAUGGCGGCCCUCCGGGUCAAGACCUCGCGCGCCGUUUCGAAGCUGGCGCGUUCCAUGCUUGCUGAAGCGUUCGAACACCAUCUCAAGGCGUCGAACGAGUGCACCGCUGACGAGCUGCGCGCGGCUCGCAACAACAUCCGCGACUCUCUCGACGAGAUCAUGUCGUCGUUCCAGCCCGCCGUCGCCGGCACUUACGAGUGCUCCGACUGCGACGCCAUCAUGGCGAAGUGGGUGCACCAGCACCUCUUCUCCUCCGGGCGCGUGGCCGAGGCCGAGCGCAAGCUGAUCGACAGCAUGAAGAAGGGCGCCAACGGAGCGCCGGGCAAGUUCAGGAGGAGGUACCUGAGGUUCGCCGGCUGGGCCGGGUGCUAA